AUGCUGCGAGUGGCCAGGCAGAGAGAUGAAAGGGGACGUCGUCGAUCGAGCAGGACGUCGACGAGAACGAGGCUUGAGUAUGAGGAAGAUGCGGAUGAUGGGCGGAGAGAGGGAAGAGAAGAGGAAGAGCUGAAGUUUAGGAUGAGAAAGAAGAAGCAAAAGUUCCAAAAGGGCAAAAAGGGCGAAAAGGCGCAAGAGAAGAGAAAGAAAAGGGCCAGAAGGGGUUUAGCGUGCGAGGGAGGGACACUAUACCCGAAAGAGCAGAGGAAGAAGAAGAAGCAGAAGAAGACGGGCAGAUGGACUGACGACCCUUGGUUGUUUCUCCUCGCUCUUCCUGUUGCAUCCCAAAUUGCAGGCAUUAGUCAUGGGUACAGGCGAACACCUUGA